AUGCAGGCGUUCUUCGCGAUAUUUCCUCCCCUAUCCAUUCACCCAGCCAAUGCCAAUCCGAUGCUCAUCACCUAUAAAACCAAAGCUCACACGAGCUGCUACCCAAACAGUCUCACUCAACAGCCGCCGAUUUCUGCAUCUCCGAAGCUAGCUAAGCCAACAGCAACGACCGAGUUUUGCAAUGGAUCACCACCCGAAGCUGGCGCCGAACGCGACGAAGGCGAUGGAGGACAAGGAGCGGAAGCUGCAGGUGCCCGCGAGCGACCCGGACGACGACGGCAGCCUCCCCGACCUCGUCGGGCGGCAGCAGCCGCAGCUGCGGCGUGAGGAACAGCAGCACCAGCACCAGGCGCCCAACAUCUCGGAGAUGAAGCCGGUGACGCGCGAGGCGUACGGCGGCGGGAUGUACGCCAACGAGGAGGGGAAGAGGGAGCCCGGGAGGCCGCGUGCCAGCGCCACGCAGAGCGCCGACGGGCCGGAGGAGCCCGUGUCCAGGCCCAGGCACCCGCCGCCGCCGUCCACCGGCGACCGGGACCUCGACAUCACCGGGAUGUCAUACAUCCAGUAG